AUGGCUUUCUCGCCGGCAGCGAAGAAGCGCAAGGGCGACAACGCGGCCAGCGUCGUCGGCAGCCCCGGCGCAGCGUCCGCGCAGAGUGGCGCCCAAGCGCUGAGCCAGCGCGCCGCAGUCGGCAUGUCCCCGAAGGCGCCAGCGAAGAAGCCCAACAGCGCGCCGAUCGAGGUCUUCGUUUGGCUCUACACCAAGUGCGGGUCGGACGUGUUUCCCGGGUUCCCGCGGACGGAUCUCUUCGGCUUGCGUCUGCGGCACGAGGCUUUCCCCGCGGUGGAUUCGGACAUCCUCGCUUCCUUCAAAAUGUUCCUGGGCGAAAAGAAUGCGGAGAACGACGAUUACCCGGCCGACCUGAAGGAGCUCAAGGACUACGAGCGCAUCAUCGUCUCCCUGACCCAGACGCCCAAGGACGUCGAGGGCCGCCGCGUCCAGACCAACAUGCCGCUCAAGGAGUGGAGCGUCAUGUUCUGGACCGACGAGCCCUUCCACUGCAUGCGUCUCAUCGCGGACUUCUCGUGGUGGAGGGCCCAGCACCGCCGCCCCGCGGACAAGAGCCCCUGGCCGGACCUGAGCACUCUCAAGAUGGUGGUGAACCCAUUCGUCAACGUGUCAAUGGACGGCUUCAACACGGACAACAUCACCAUGCCCAUGACGGUGAACGAACCGAGCACCACCUUGCAGUGCUCCAUAUUCGAGAGCUCCCCACCUGGUUCCUCUAAAAUGGUUGAGGUCCGUGUCCAGGUGAUCGACCAGAAGACCGUCUUCUUCGCUUGGGAGGGCCGCACCUUCCCCUACCGCGAGCGCUUCGACUUGAAGCGCAUUGGCCGGGAGGACAACGUUCGCAUAUUGCCCCAGGCCCGCACGGACGUGAGCAUUGCCGACAACGCAGCCUUCAUUCGCGACGUUUUCAAGCAGGGCGUUCUCCGCGAUCUGUUGGUGCACCUCGUGCUGGAGGAGAGCUCGGUUCCCGCCGACGGGCCCGUCAAGGUGUACCUGUACGACCACAACGAGGCCGUGAAGGCGCGCACGGACAACCCUUAUCAUUCCGGGAUCAACGCCGACAUCGUGGAGCACUUGCAGCGCAUGCUCGACCGGGUCAACCCGUACGUGCACCAGUUCCGACACAUGCGGGACAUCGUUCGCAACCACAACCCCACCAACGUGCAAUUGUGCAUUUCCCAGACGGAGGGCCAGGACAUGCGCCGCUACAACAAGCCCCAAACUUACGAGCCAGCCGUGGUGUUCCGCAGCUCCGACGGCGUGCUUCACGGCACCCGGGCGGCCGCUGUGGCCGCGGGCAGCGAGACCACCUUGACGGCGUGGUUCCGCUUGAACGCAGAGCCGCCCGACGGAUUUACGCCUCCGGCUCGCUCGCUGCAUUACGCCGAGGUGCCGCAGUUCUUCUCCUGGAGCCGCAGCAGUUUCUCGGACCUCGCCACCGUCGUCCAUUCGGACGGCAAUCGCCAAACAUUCUACCAGCGGCGAUGGAACGACGACACCUCCACGUGGGAGAACUCGGACGUGCCAGAUUACCGGCGAGCAUGCGAGGAACAAGGCUUUGCGAACUCCAGCGACGAGUGCGCCCGCUGCAUGGAGGAGGCCGCUCGCCUACGGAGCGCCCCAGCGCUGCGCCGUCUCUUCGCCAUGUUGCUCCUCCAUUGCGAGCUCGCCUCCCCCGUGACCUUGUGGCAGCGAUUCGCGAAUGACCUCUGCGAGGACUUCCAGCGGCACCUCAGCGAGACCGACUCGGAGAACGCAGCGCUUCUGCACGUUCAAGAGGCACUCAGCCAGGCUGGGAAGACGCUGACGGACUUCGGAUUGCCAACGCCCACGGACCACGACGUCGCGGGCCUGCAGCCCCGAGAUGUUCGUAGGGAAACCGCCUACGACGCAGAAGAGGAAUGGACAUCUGCGCGGUCCCAUCGGUCUAUGAUGAACGACGCGCAAGCGAUCGUGUUUGACCAGGUCGCCGACGCCGUCAUCGGAGCCCGUCCGCUCGCCGUGUUCAUCGACGGCCCCGGCGGCACGGGCAAGACCUUUGUGUACAAGGUGCUCCCCGUCAUCCCACGGGUUGCCCGCGAAGACCUCGUUCAGCAUUCGCUGCUGAACCACCCUUUGUGGCGCGCGGGCGUUGUGGAGGUCCACGCCCUGACGGAGAACAUGCGGGCCAGGGGCGACGCCGAUUGGCAGCGUUUCCUCUUGGACAUCGGAGACGGCCGCGCACCGACCUUUCCGGACAUCCACCCCGAGGCCGUGCGCCUGCCCGACAACAUCGUCGCCCCCAGCCAUUGGGGGCCGGAGGACCUCGCGCGCGCCAUCUACGCCGACAUCGCUGCGUCAGCGGCGAGGUGCGUCGGGGGCGACGUGGCCGCCGAAGACUUGCAGUACUUCUGCGAUAGGGCGAUUCUCACUCCGAAGAACGCGACGGCCGACUCAGUGAACGUCGCUAUAUUGCGCGAAGCUUUCCCGGACACGACCGUCACGUACUACAGCGUGGACGACGUGGACGCCGCGUCGCCGGCGGAGCGGGACCUCUGGCCGACGGACUUCUUGAACGGCCUCACGCCGUCUGGACUGCCGCCCCACGAGCUCGCGCUCGCGCCGGGGGCCCUGGUCAUGUUGCUCAGAAAUUUAGACGCCGACGCGGGCCUGGUCAACGGAGUUCGCGCCAUCGUCGUCCGCGCGCAGCCCCGGAUGCCGCUCGCGGGCGCCGCUUCCAGCAGUGACGACGCACCGGCGUUCCUGGACGAGGGCUCCGAGGCGCCGCCGAGCCCCGCUGCUCGGCCGCGACGCUUCGCGCGGGACCACGGGCCAGACGACGUCGAUGAGUUCGGGCCGGCGUCCCCAGACGAUGCUUCUGCUAACGUCGUCCUCGCACCGCUGCGCCAGCGCGGAGCAGUCGUGGACGCCCCAGCGCCUCCUGAGACGCUGUUCCAAACAUGCGCAGCCACAGAGAACGACAAUCCCAGUGCAGAUUCCGCCGACCCCAUGCCCUCAACACAGCUACGAUGCGAGGCCGCCAGCUCAUCGAAGCAGAGGGAUCGAUUCACCGGAUUCUUCGAGCGGCAGCGCGGCGCCCAUUGCGGCAUGCACGCGCUCAACAACGCCCUGGGCUUCGCGCUGCUCGACGAGGGAACCGUGGAGGCAUCCGCCCAUGCAUUCAUCGAGCAUGCCGCUUUAGACGGCCUCCCACAGCGCCUGCGCGACCACAUGAGCCCCUCUGGAGAUUAUUCCGAGGCGGUGCUGGCGUUUGUGCUUCAACGAUGCGGAAACAGUUUCUCCUUGAACCUCAAUGCUCCCGUUCUACCACAGGACGCGAUGAACAUUUUUGCGCCUAACGUGGUCGGGGUCGUGGUAAACCAGAACAACGCACAUUGGAUUGCGGUGAAGGCUGUGUCCGGCCGAAUCUGGAAGUUGGACAGCGCACCAGGUGAUGGACGUAGUGUUGCGGAGCCUGUACUCUGUGAGCUUAGCGACUUCCAGAAGCUCCUGCGCAGACAUCCCACCGCGUACCCACUGCUCGACAUCCGGCCGCGCACGUAG